AUGGCUCUCAAAAAGAUGAUGAGUUGUUAUGUUGUGUUACUUCUUUUGAUUGUUGUUGAUAUUAAUGGAGUUUGGAGCAUUUCAAGAGAAGAAGAUCUCGAGCUAGAAAGACAACUCAAGAUUUUAAAUAAGCCUGGUGUUAAGACCAUUAAAACAGACAAUGGCGAAAUUUUUAAUUGCGUGGACAUUCACAAACAGCCAUCAUUGGAUCAUCCUUUGCUUAAAAAUCAUGAAGUUCAGAUGACAUUUAAUCGUCCUCCGAAAUUUGUGAAAGAAAAGAAGACACCAUCAGUACUGGGCAAAGGGAUAGGGUGCCCAAUUGGAACAGUUCCAAUUCGAAGAACACAGAAGGAAGAUCUUAUACGAGCCCAAGCUCUUCCGAAACUCCGUACCAGAAGAUACGCUGAAAAUAGUCAUCCACUAGCCGAAGAAUCAAACAUUUUUCGAUCUGCAAAGCUAUAUACAAAUGCAUUGUCACUUUCGAAGUAUUAUGGAAUCCAAAGCGACUUUAAUGUGUACAAUCCUACGCUUUCGUCACCGGAACAAUCUAGUACUGCUCUAAUUUAUGUCGCUGGUGGAGUUGAUGACUGUGACAUAUCUGUGGGAUGGACAGUGUAUGAGCCAAGAUAUGGUGACAACAAGACUCACUUAUUUACAUAUUGGACCGCAGAUAAUGGUGCGACAACCGGUUGCUAUGAUCUUCUUUGCCCAGGGUUUAUCAUAACCCACCCUCACCGUACACUGGGCGUUGAACUUCCCACUUCUACCUACCGUGGGGCCCAGGCUGGGAUUCAACUGUCUAUAUCCAAGGAUCAAUUCACAGAUCAUUGGUGGUUACUUGUAGAUGGCCAGGAGUUGGGGUACUGGCCUAAACAACUGUUUGGUAUCUUUCGGGUUGCCAGGGAGCUAUAUUGGGGAGGAGAAGUAUUCAGUCCAAGCCAACCUUUACCCCCCAUGGGCAGUGGCCAUUUUCCAGAGGAAGGAGAGGGUGCCGCAUGCUUUAUGAGGAAGCUUAAGUAUCAAUACGAGGAUGGAGGGAUAUUUGUGGAUGUUGAAAGCGAAGGCAUUUCGAGACUUGCGGACAAUCCUAAGUGUUAUGAAGCUGGUCCUCUCACUGAUAGUGGUUUGGGUCAGACAUUUUUUUUUGGAGGGCCUGGUGGACAAUGUUAG